AUGCUAUCAACCAUUUCUAACCGCUGUGGAUGCCCUACACCUGUCCCAACGGUUACCGUCAAGUAUCCUUGCGACGGUCCAAUCCCAGGAGGUUGCCAGUUGACCGAGUACAUCUACGCAACUGAAACGCACAAAUGCGGCGGACUCAGUCUUACUACGCGCAUAAUUCCAACCAUCCCCCCUAUUCCAACUUUUACGGCGUGUCCCACAGUCUACAAGACCAAGACGAUCUGCAGCACCUGCGUCCGGCCUAUGUGCUUGGCCCGAUCCACGAUUAGCAGUAUGUGCCAUUGCCCACGCAGAGUGCCAACCCGUGUUGUGGGGUGGCCAUGUGGGGGGCCUUGUCCAGGGGGCUGCGGGGGCACGGAAUACAUCUACGCAACGAACAAACCGACUUGUACGAGGCGACUACUUGAGCCAGUGGUGACUAAGGCUUAA